UGCGUAGGCCGGAGCCCCUCCUAGACGUAGCGAUGCCACCGAGGUUUAUCGUAUAGCUGCCCUACUUCCGUUUUAGAAAAGGCGCGCAAGAAGUAAUGGUGCACAGCUGCCCGAGCCAAGAAAGCGAGGGAAAGUGGAUGUUUAAAUAAGAAUAAUAAUGAUGGGUAGAAGAGGGGCUCUUAUAAUACUGGAAGGGGUUGACAGGGCUGGCAAAACUACGCAGUGCAAAAAGCUGGUUCAGGCGCUGCAGAAAAAUGGUCGGCCGGCUGAAAUGAUGAGAUUUCCAGACCGAACAACUAUGAUCGGCCAGAUGAUUAGCUCCUACCUUGAGAAGAAGACCAACCUGGAGGAUCACACGGUGCACUUGCUUUUCUCCGCCAAUCGCUGGGAACUGGCGCCUCUGAUCAAGAAGAAGCUGCAGCAGGGUGUGACUCUGGUGGUGGACAGAUAUGCCUUCUCGGGGGUGGCCUUCACCAGCGCCAAGCCGGGGUUCUGCUUGGAGUGGUGCAGGAACCCGGACGUGGGGCUGCCCAAACCGGACCUGGUGCUGUUCCUGCAGCUGAGCCCGGCCGAGGCGGCGAAGAGGGGCCAGUUUGGGGUCGAGCGUUACGAGACCAGCGACUUCCAGCAAACUGUGCAGCACAGGUUCAAUCAGCUGAUGAAGGAUCCAUCCUUGAACUGGCAGGUGAUGGAUGCCACCAAGGGCAUGGAGGAUUUGCACCAGGAGAUCCUGAGGCAGAGCGAAGCUGCGAUCGCAGAGGCCGAAAGCCAGCCAAUUAAAGAGCUGUGGAAGGAAGGAAGUGCCGUGCCCUGCUGACCGGCCCUCCAAUCAGGCGGCUGCUACGGUACACAGCUGGACAUCGCAUAAUGCCCAGUGAUCCAAUGCUGCUCUCCCUGCAAAACAGGUCACUGGCAUCUGUCUGGUUGGACACUGCUGAGCACUGCACAUGUUGGGGUGAAGACGAGAGCCUGAAACACUUUAUGCUUUUUCUUAUUUAAAUAACAUAUCAUCACCUGUUUACCCAGAGCACCAAACCUCAGCAAAAUAACCUUUUAGUAGUUCUAGUCUGAAAUAUUUUUAUUACCUAUUAAACACAAUACAUAUGCUAAGUGUGUCAUUAGCCACAAACGGUGAACCUCAAAACUUUGUUUUUAAUGAGCUUUAACUUUAUUUCAUUUAUGACAUUCCUGGAGUAUGUUUAUACUGCCAGGGUUGCAUUUUAAGUGCUAUCCCAUAAUAAACACAACUGCUGAAGGUAA